UUUGACUGGAAGAAAGCUGCUCAGAAAGAUGGAAAAAACAAGGAGGUGUUCUUUUAUGAUGCAGGCAUCACUUACAACAACGGACGAUCAGGUCAGAGUGAGGAGUUCAAAGGUCGAGUCUUUCAUUUUCCUAAAGAACUGAAACAUGGCAACGCCUCCAUCAUCAUCAGAAAUACAAAGAUGGCCGACAGCGGAGACUACACCUGUGUUUUUCCACAUCUUCAGCCACGUCAAACGUUCCACAUUAAGCUUGUUGUUGGUGCAGCUAGAGAGCCAUCUGUAAAGACACUUAAUCAGACAAACAACUGGGCGUUACUGCAGUGUGUUGUUCGAGAUGCUUCUCCAAAACCUAAAGUAGAAUGGAAGGACAGUUCUGGAAACAAACUUCAUGCUGAAGAACCACAGGUCAUAGACAGAGGAGGCAGCUAUGACAUCAUCCUCCAAACUACUGUGACCAAGACUGACCACUACCAGUGUGUGGUCGCACAGGAGGAAAUCAACCAUCAGGUUUCUGCUGAGACCUACGUGCAUUUCAGUGGACCAACACCCGCAAAAGUGGAAGAAGGGAGUAAUGCCAUUUUACCCUGUUUGCUCAGCACAAAGAAGAACAUUGGGUCAGAGAUGUUUGAAUGGAAGAAAGACGGUCUGAAGGAGGUGUUCUUUUAUGGUGGCAUCAAUUACAACAGCAAUCGUCCAGGUCAGAGUGAGGAGUUCCAAGGUCGAGUCUCUCAUUUUCCACAUAAACUGAAACAUGGUGACGCCUCCAUCACCAUCAGAAAUGCAAAGAUGGCUGACAGUGGAAUCUACACCUGUGAUUUUCCUCGUCUUCAGCCACGUCAGAUAUUCCACAUUGAGCUUGAUGUUGGUGACAUAUAUGGUGGCAGCUUUGUUACCAGUCAACCCCAGGAGCAGUGUCAGCCGGGCGGCAGGUAA